GAGGCUCGGACAUGGAUCUAGGUAGACUCAGCACUGGCCCGUCUGAUAGAGAGCGGAAUUGUUUUUAAAUGUAAAAAAAAAACAAAAAAACAAAACGAGAGGCCUUAGAGAAAACAAAACGAAGGAAAUACCCAUCCCGGCACAAAACAUAAACUAGAUCAAUGGACUGAAUGAGGGCUGAAUGAAGACUGCUUAUAACGCCUAUCGAUGCCUGGCCAAGGAUCUGGAUGCCUACGCCAUGAACCCAGAGAUGACAAUGGACAGCAUUGGCAAUCUGCAUGGCGGACUGAGCCAUGACCAGGACUUGAUGAACAGCCACAGCCCCCAUCACAACCGGAACGCGGGGGCUUCUUUGCGGUUACAUCAGGAUCUGGCUGCUGCAUCGUCGCGGUCCGCCAUGGUGUCCAGCAUGGCAACGAUUCUGGACGGAGCCGGAGAGUACCGACCAGAAUUAUCGCAUCCGCUCCAUCACGCUAUGAGCAUGCCGUGUGAUACAUCCCCACCGGGGAUGGGUAUGAACGGCACAUACACCACGUUAACUCCACUUCAACCGUUACCCCCCAUUUCAACCGUUUCGGACAAAUUCCACCAUCCGCAUCACCAUCACCAUCACCACCAGCGUCUCUCUGGGAACGUAAGCGGGAGUUUCACGCUGAUGCGGGACGAGAGGGGUUUACCAGCAAUGAACAACCUCUACAGUCACUAUCAUAAGGACAUGACCGGGAUGGGUCAGAGUUUAUCCCCCCUGGCCAGCAGCCCUCUUGGCAAUGGUUUGGGUUCUCUUCAUAAUACACAGCAAAACCUCCAUAGCUAUGGCACCCAUGGGCACGACAAGAUGCUAAGCUCCAACUUCGAUGCCCACACUGCCAUGCUGUCCAGGGGUGAUCAACACCUCUCACGAGGCCUCGGUGGCCCCACGGCAGGUAUGAUGCCGCAUUUGAACGGGAUGCACCACAGUGGGCACCCGGGCCACUCUCAAUCCCACGGGCCUGUGUUGGCUUCCAACCGGGACAGACCGCCCUCCUCCUCGGGACAACAAGGUAACAACUCGGGACAGCUUGAAGAGAUCAACACCAAAGAAGUGGCACAAAGGAUCACAGCUGAACUGAAGCGGUAUAGCAUCCCCCAGGCUAUAUUCGCUCAGAGGGUGCUGUGUCGCUCGCAAGGCACCCUUUCAGACCUCUUAAGGAACCCCAAACCUUGGAGUAAACUUAAAUCUGGAAGGGAGACCUUUCGAAGGAUGUGGAAGUGGCUGCAGGAACCCGAGUUUCAGAGGAUGUCAGCCCUACGGCUUGCAGGUACCAGUAGAGAGCACGCCAUGAUUGGGUCAAAUGGGAUGCAUUGUCAGACACUGACAACAUUGUGCACAGGGACCCAAAACUAUGGUAUGUCAAAAAAACGAAACAAAAAAAUCACAUGUAGUAAUGUUCGACAGAUAGAAAUAUAACUAGUGUAAUGUGCAGUUAGUUAGAUGUGUAUUUAGAGGGAAAUCCUUUUUUAUCUUAAUGGAUUGCGAUUGGAUUAAUAUUAGACUGGGGUAUAUUCAGUAUUGGAUUAAAUGUGAUAUUGGAUUUGAGAAAUCCAAUUGUGGAUAAUAGUCUUUAAUAUGUGGUUUAAAGCCAUUUAAAGUUAAAGUAGGCCUACUUAUGCUAAUAGUAAGUAACAUUGUGAUGAAAACACACUAUUAUCUCAGACAUUUACCAGUUUAAAAUGAUGAGAGGAUGUUUAGAAAAGUAUAUAUAUAUUUGUUUUUGCAUUUUGGUUUCUUUUGUAAAUGAGGUAGGUUGAAGUGUGCAUGACAGUCCUACAUUAUCCAGUGAGAUGAUGAGUUCACCUGGCUUUGAGAUUCAAGAUAAAUUCACCAAUGUUGUAAACUACGGUAUAAGGAUCUGUUUUACUGAGCAACAUGUGUCCCACUAUCACAGUGUGCUUACGCCUGUUUUCCAGUCUAGAUAACAGAAAGCUGAUGAUGAUGAUCUGCUAGCCAGGCCUGACUGGCCAAACCAUCCAACAGUGACUCUCUGUUGAUCUCUGUACCACUUUUUGUUUCUUCAUCUUGAUGCUGACAACACACUGGAUGUGUAAAAAGGACAAUGUUUAUUGACCCUGCUCUCUUCUUAAACCAAACAGAUACUCACUUACUGGGUCACAUGCAGCCCCUCUCUGUCUCUAGACAAAAGCACUGAACCAACACUAUGCUUUUGGAUGUCUGAUGUUUUAGUAGCAAUCAAACUAUUUCACUUUUUCAGAAUCUUACUGGAUUAGUCAUUUUGUUUUAGGAUAAAUUUGUCGGCCAUAUUCUACUUAAAGCAACCAAGACGCUGAACAGUUAGACGACUAAGUUGUUGAUUAAAGCAACCAAGACGCUGAACUGUUUGACGACUAAGUUGUUGAUUAAAGCAACCAAGACGCUGAACAGUUUGACGACUAAGUUGUUGAUUAAAGCAAUCAAGAUGCUGAACAGUUUGACGACUAAGUUGUUGAUUAAAGCAACCAAGACGCUGAACAGUUAGACUACUAUGGUUGAUUAAAGCAACCAAGACGCUGAACAGUUUGACGACUAAGUUGUUGAUUAAAGCAACCAAGACGCUGAACAGUUAGACUACUAUGGUUGAUUAAAGCAACCAAGACGCUGAACAGUUUGACGACUAAGUUGUUGAUUAAAGCAACCAAGACGCUGAACAGUUUGACGACUAAGUUGUUGAUUAAAGCAACCAAGACGCUGAACAGUUAGACGACUAUGUGGUUGAUACCUUGCUAUAUGUAUCUGCAGUAGCGAGGAGUAUUAAUAAGAUUCAUCAGUUGUCGUAGAAAAGCACAUAACUAAAAGGGCUUGUUGAUUCGUUUGGGUCUGAGCGUAUCCUAGGUUGUGUGUGCGUGUGUGUCUGUGUGUGUCCAUCCCUAAUGGUACAUACUUGGUUAUAGGAAGGAACAGGAUUUUUUAUUUUAUUUGACCAAAAUCCCUCUGAGACUAUUUCCUCAUCAGUACAGUGACAUCACUAAAAGUCGAUGAAAAUGAACAGUGAUUGGUUGUUUCCCAGGGCUAAUAAAUAAGUCUGGUUACAGACCUUUGGACGCUGGCUGGUGAUGUCAUCAUCACUAUGUGGACACUGUGAUUCCUAGAUAGGCUGCCAGACUCCCACCUUUAUCCUGCUGAUUAGAGAGAGAGAGAGAGAGCGAGAGAGAGAGAGAGAGAGAGAGAGAGAGAGAGAGAGAGAGUGGAGAAAUUCUGUCUGUGUCAAUCGGUUUGCGUGUCAGUCAGUGUGUGUGAGUGUGUGUGUGUGUGCGUGCAUGCAUUUAAACAAUCUCACAAUCUAUCCUUUGUGCAGUCUCUGAUAGGGAUGAAUGCUAUGAAAUUAUGUCAGUUAGACUCACAGUGCACAUGUAGAGUAUGACAUCUCUGUCUGUUGUUAGCAGGAAGUGUCUGUCUUGUUAGCUGGAAGUGUCUGCUUGUCUGUUGUUAGCAGGAACUGUCUGCCUGUCUGUUAGCAGGAAGUGUCUGUCUGCCUGUCUGUUAGCAGGACGUGUCUUUCUGCCUGUCUAUUAGCAGGAAGUGUCUGUCUGCCUGUCUGUUAGCAGGAAGUGUCUGUCUGCCUGUCUGUUGUUAGCCAGAAGUGUCUGCCUGUCUGUUGUUAGCAAUAAGUGUCUGCAUGUCUGUUGUUAGCAGGAAGUGUCUGCAUGUCUGUUGUUAGCAGGAAGUGUCUGUCUGCCUGUCUGUUAGCAGGAAGUGUCUGUCUGCCUGUCUGUUG